UCAAGGGACAACCCUGUCUGGAAACACAGUUACUGCGGAUUUUUAAGAGACUCAGUUCAAGAAUUUAGGAAUUCCUGAUUCAUUUAAGGAUUUGCAAAGUCAUCAACCCCUGAAAACUAAAGCAAAUUUAACAGGACAAAAAAAGAACAUGGGCUUUUUAAGUCAAGUAUGCGUCCUUUUCUUCUUCUCUGGAGUCACAGUAUAUUGCCAAUAUGAAUGGGAUGAAGACUAUGAUCAGCCAGAUGAUGUGUACCAACCAGAAUUACAAUUUCAUCGAAACCUAGAAUUUGGAGUUCCGUUUCAUCAAGAUACUUUAGGCUGUGCCAGUCAAUGCUUUUGUCCACCUAACUUUCCAACAUCAAUGUACUGUGAUAAUCGCAAACUCAAGACGAUCCCAAAUAUUCCAAUGCAUAUUCAGCAACUGUAUCUUCAGUUCAAUGAAAUUGAGGCUGUGACAGCAAAUUCAUUCAUUAAUGCAACUCAGCUUAGAGAAAUUAAUCUUAGCCACAACAAAAUUAAAUCUCCAAAGAUUGAUCAUGGUGUGUUUGCUAAGUUUUCAAAUCUACUACAGCUUCACCUAGAACAUAAUGAUUUAGAAGAAUUUCCAUUUCCUCUUCCUAAAUCUUUGGAAAGACUUGUUCUUGGUUACAAUGAGAUCUCCAGACUGCAGAUAAAUGCUAUGGAUGGGUUAAUAAACCUGACGAUGCUUGAUCUCUGUCAUAAUCAUCUUCAUGAUUCUAUGUUAAAAGAAAAAAUCCUUUCCAAAAUGGAAAACUUAAUGCAGCUCAACCUAUGUAAUAAUAGAUUGGAAUCAAUGCCUCUUGGUUUGCCUUCUUCACUAAUGUAUCUGUCUUUAGAAAACAAUUCAAUUUCUUCUAUACCAGAAAAUUACUUCAAGGAAGUUCCAAAACUUCAUGCUCUAAGAUUGUCACACAAUAAACUACAAAAUAUACCCUAUAAUAUUUUUAAUCUUUCCAACCUUAUACAGCUCAGUGUUGGACACAACAAAUUGAAGCAAGCAUUUUAUAUUCCACGAAAUUUGGAACACCUAUAUAUAGAAAAUAACGAAAUUGAAGAUAUCAAUAUUACAGUGAUGUGUCCAUCUAUUGACCCACUAUAUUACCACCAUUUAACAUACAUUCGUAUGGACCAAAAUAAGCUAAAAGAACCAAUAAAUUCCUAUGUUUUUGCCUGCUUCCCUCAUAUACAUACUGUUUAUUAUGGUGAACAAAAAAGCACCAAUGGUCAAACAAUACAACUGAAGACCCAAGUUUUCCGAAGAUACCACGAGGAUGACGACCAUGAUGAUCAUGAUGAUGAUCAAGAUGAGAAUAAUACUCAUGAAGGUCAAGAGCAAGAAGGAACAGAAGAAAACUUUGACCCUCAUUAUUAUGAAACUUAAGAAUGGCAAGAAACCAUAUAGGUACACAUUUAUGCCUUCACAAACCUUAUAAUUCAGUGUAAAUCUAACUGAACAUGCAUUGCUCACAGCAGUAUAUCUAGAAUUAUGUAUCAGAAUAAGAUCAGCAUUGAAUUUAAGUUAUUGAUAAAAUCUGCAUCAUUUACAUAGGAUUAGAACGUACUCAAAAUGAUACAAAUAUUUAGAAACAUAAAUUAGAGUGGAAAAUGGAAAUCAUAAGCUAAACUUGAAGGAAUACUAUGUUUAGGAAAAAAAGGGAGUAUGCCAUUACUAUUAACACUAAUUUUACUAAGAACAAUGAAAGAAAUAGCUUUAGAAGCUAUGAAAUGGAAGCAUGUCCUUUUCAAUCAGUAUGAGUAUAAUGUUUCAAUUAUGGGAUGUGUAUAUUAAUGCAAUGGGCAGCCAUUUCCUUUGCCUUGAUUUCCAGAAAAGCUUUCACGAUUGUAUUUGCAAUCGAUGACAUCCAUUCCCCUGGCUCCACCAUUUAGAGCAUGGGAUAACAUUCUUUGAUUUUCAAAAGAGGCCACUCUACUAAGGAUCCACGGCAUAUACAUUUAUGACAACAACUAGUCUUGUCUUUCUCUUAGAGCAUCAAAGCAACAAAAUUAUAAACCCUGUAUUUGGAUAACUAAAAAACACCAAAUUACCUCAUUGUAACCCAUACUAUAGUAAAUUUCAGCAACUAUCCAAAACCAUCUUUACUGUGUUCCACUUUAUUUGGGAUAAAUUUGUUUUUAUAGUAAAUUCAACUAAAGAAAUGUUUGUUUAGUUACAUAAAGAUUUGCUAAUAAAUAAUUGCUACAUUUGAUGAGAAAUGCCUUUUGUACUAGGCAAGUUCAAAUUAAUUUUAGAAAAAUAAAGUUAUAGCAAUAUCAUUAAACAAGUCUAUUUUCCUAGCACACUGUAUUAGAAACCUAUGCCAAUGCUUAUUUAUGUAAUGCUAGAGUUGAAUACAGUUACUUUAAAAUUUGAACAUCAGAACAGGCUUUAACAUCUUUAAAAUCUGAAGAAUUAUGAGUUCUGUAAUCUAUCACUUUGAAAUAUUUUAAGUAUACCAUAUAAGGAAGAUUAUCUAACUGCUUGAAUUCAGGCUAACAAUUUUAUAAAAUUCAUCAGAUAAGGCAUAAAUACAAAUCUGGGGCUAUGUAGACAAAGAAUCCAAAGAAAAAAUGAUACCUAUUCAAAUAACAUGCAACAACUGGACAAGUAAAACUGUAUUUUACAAGUAAGUUUAACGUAGUGUUACCUAUGACCCAGCAAUGUGACUUCUAGCAACAUACCCAAGAAGAACGAUUUGCAUAUGUUCACACACCUUCUACUUGAAUAUUCAUGGCAGUAUUAUUCAUAGUAGCCCAAAAGUAGAAACAACCCAAAAGUCCACCAGCAGAUGAAUGGAUAAACAAAAUGUGACCUAUCCAAUCUGAUGGAAUAUUAUUUGGCCAUAAAAAGGACUGAAGUAAU